AUGUCUUUCGUUCAUGCCAAUAGUUGUGACUGCUCUAAAUCCGAGUUGGAUUUAUUCUCUUUACCUCCGACUCAAUCUCAUAUAGAACACGGGCAGUGGGUAGUGUAUAAACCUAUUUCUUCGCUACAAGAUCAAACUCCGAUAGAAUUUGUCGUAGCCGGGCAGGGAAGUGAUUACCUUGAUUUAUCUCAGUCUCUAUUGAGUAUUAAAGCUAAAAUAGUGAAAAAUGAUGAUUCAGCUUUAGCCGCAGCUGAUGAUAAUCUAAUCGGGCCCAUUAAUAACUGGAUGCAUUCGUUGUUCAGUCAAGUUGAUGUUUAUUUGAAUCAGAAAAUAGUGUCUUCGUCGAGUAACGCGUAUCCUUAUAGGGCAUAUUUUGAAAAUUUACUAAGUUAUGGACCUGGCGCUAAAAACUCUCAUUUAACGUCAGUUUUAUGGUAUAAAGACACGGCAGGUCAUAUGGAAGUUGCUGAUAACGCGGGUUUGACAUCGCGUCGCGGUUUUAGUAAACGAAGCAAAACUGUUGAGAUGAUCGGACAUAUUCAUAGUGACAUUUUCUCUCAGGACAAAAUGCUGUUGAAUAACGUUGAAUUAAAAUUAAGAUUAGUUAGAUCUCGUGAUGAUUUUUGCUUAUUAGGUCAGGCAGGAUAUAAAGUGAAAAUUUUCGAGGCUAAUUUGUUCGCUCGCCGUGUCAAAGUUUCACCCAGUGUUUUGAUAAGUCAUGCCAAGGGUCUUGAGAGCACAACAGCAAAGUAUCCCAUCACCAGAGCCGACGUUAAAUCAAACACCGUCCCGGCCGGUGUUCACAGUGUAUCCCUCGAUAAUGUAGUCAGCGGUCAGCUCCCUACGAGAAUUAUUAUGGGUAUGGUUUCCAACACAGCUUUCAAUGGUGAUGUUACAUUAAACCCCUUCAAUUUUCAGAAUUUCGGACUAGAUUUUGCAUCAUUUCACAUAGACGGUCAACAAAUUCCGGGUGUUAUUUUAACUCCAAAUUUUGACUCGGAGGAGUACAUUAGAUCGUUCCAUACUCUUUUCUCAGGCACCGGUAUUCAUUACUCAGAUUCAGGAAACGAAAUUGAUAGGACGGAGUAUAAAAACGGAUACGGACUUAUCGCACUCGAUUUUACUCCUGAUCUCGAGGCUCACAUUAAGUCUCAUUGGAGUCUCGUGCGUCACGGAAGUUUGAGAAUAGAGCUGCGUUUCAAAGCGGCGUUGGCCGAAGCCAUCACUGUCAUUACCUAUGCUGAAUUCGACAACGUGAUAGAGAUAGACAAAAGCAGAAACGUUAUCGUCGAUUUUGGCGCCUGA